GGCAGGGGAGGCCGCAGGGCCCGGGGCUGCUGUGCCGGCGGCGUUUCGGCUGCAGGUCUCAUCCUCUACCAGUGUAGGUUUAUCUUCUCCCCCCCAUCGCCAAACAAAACCAAAAAAUAAGUGGCCUUAGCCAAAAUCCGCGGUGGUUCUGGUGCUGUCCGCGGGUUCCUGCUCCCCGUGUUCCCACGUAAAAUUGCUGGGAUUUUGAGAGGCCGCCCUAAAGCCGCGGAGUCUAUUCCUGCUGGCCUGCUUUUCCUCCUCGGGGAUGUGUGUUAACUCCUUUGGGUGUCUGUGGAAUAGCGUUUCCUCGGCAAAGGUUUAAGUUUAUUUUAUCAUACAAGUUCCUCACUGCCACAAUGAGGCUAGUAAUUCUUGAAGAUUAUGAUCAGGCUAGUGAAUGGGCAGCCAAAUACAUCUGUAAUCGUAUUAUCCAGUUCAAGCCGAGUCAAGGAAGAUAUUUCACGCUUGGUCUACCAACAGGGAGUACACCUUUGGGAUGCUACAAAAAGCUGAUAGAAUAUCACAAAAAUGGAGAUCUCUCUUUCAAAUAUGUAAAGACUUUCAACAUGGAUGAGUAUGUAGGGCUUCCCAGAAAUCAUCCAGAGAGCUAUCACUCCUAUAUGUGGAAUAAUUUCUUUAAGCAUAUUGACAUAGAUCCGAAUAAUGCCCAUAUCCUUGAUGGGAACGCACCAGACUUGCAGGCGGAAUGUGAUGCAUUUGAAAAGAAAAUAGAAGAAGCAGGGGGGAUUGAUCUGUUUGUUGGAGGCAUUGGUCCAGAUGGCCACAUUGCAUUCAAUGAACCCGGAUCAAGUUUGUCUUCAAGAACAAGAUUAAAGACUUUAGCAAUGGACACCAUUUUGGCAAAUGCUAAAUACUUUGAUGGAGACUUAUCUAAAGUACCAACUAUGGCGCUAACAGUUGGUGUGGGUACAGUGAUGGAUGCUAGAGAAGUAAGAACUCAUUUAGUUCUAGUUGCAUGUGUGUUUUCAAGAUUAGUUAGUAUUGCUACUGGGAUUGAAAGUAAAGAGACCUUUGUUUUGCAGGUGAUGAUUCUUAUAACAGGUGCGCAUAAGGCUUUUGCGCUGUACAAAGCAAUUGAAGAAGGAGUGAAUCAUAUGUGGACAGUUUCUGCUUUCCAGCAACACCCUCGCACUAUCUUUGUGUGUGAUGAAGAUGCUACUUUAGAACUAAGAGUUAAAACUGUGAAGUACUUUAAAGGUUUAAUGCAUGUGCACAAUAAGCUUGUGGACCCACUGUACAGUAUGAAAGAAAACUGAAAGAAGAUCGAAGAGGAACUCCAUGUGGGUCAGCAGCAACAGUUUUAGGUAGCAGAUGAGUUCACUGCUAUGCAAUAUGCUGAAAACUGUUUAAAAUGGGAAAUCCUAGGUACUGUAUUUUUAAAAAGGUCCAAUAUCUGUACAUUCACAUUCCAUCUGUUUGCUGUGUUGUGCAUUUUGCUUUAACAUUUGGAGCUCUGCUGUUGGCUGGUACAUCACUAAAUGGAACAGAACAACUUGGGAGAGACUGCAUGUUAUGUAGAGAGGGGAAAAGCAGAGCACUUACUCUAGCAGAGCAAUGUAAUGCAUCUGCCUCGUGUUAGAGAUGAUGACACUUCAUUUCCCAGAAUUUUUAAUUUUUGGCUUGGUUAGUGUAACUACAUUUUGCAUUUGUGUCUCUAGGCAGAAUGGUUUUGGCCUUUGUUAAUACUAUGGACUUGUAAUAGUUGUACAAUUUCUACUGUGAAAUGUUCUGUUUACAUAUAUCUAAUGUACACUGAGCUUUUGCACUUGGUUGCCUUAAAUUUGUCUUAAGCAGUUUUUGGGCAUCUCAAGUCCUGCUGUAUAGUCCAGGCAAAUGAAAACACAAAAACAGUGCCUAAAAAUGCACCAAAUUCUUGAAAGUUACAACUUGCUCCAUACUAAACUUCUACCAUAGCACUUUUUCCUCUCAUGUAUUUCAAAUUACUUUAGGAUUUUUAUAUUUUUGGUAAUCAAGCUUUAUACAUAUGGAAAAAUGUCAAUGUUCCUUCCUGGAGGUACCUAUUCAAUUAUAUAACUGAUAUUACAAUUAAAUGCCUGAAAAGAGGUUAAUUUACAGGACUAUCAUGUCUGCAAAUGAUCAUUUAAAGCCAACUGUUAAUCACUUUUUCAUUGUAUCAUUAUAAACAUUGAGCUGUUACAAGGAAUGUUAUUUCCUACUUUGAGUAUAAGUAAAACUUAAAUAUAAAUAUCUUAA